AGUUAUAAAUAUUUUUAAUUUCCCUGUGCUUUCUUUAGUCUUUAGAAUUCAUUUGUAAUGAACUUAGGGCUAAAAGUUAAUUUUGUGCCAUUGAAUGCUACAGCACUUGUAGCAUGACCUAGGGUGAGAGUCAUUUUUCUCAAAUAUAUUUUAACGUUGCUUUCGUAGUAUGAGUUUUCAUUCAGAUUAUUUUCUCUUUUUGAGAGAGGUUGGAAGAGCUUCUGAGCAAGUGGAUGGUAGGAGUCGGGAAUAAGGAAUAUCAGAACAAUUAGGGAAACCCUCCAAUGCCAAAGGUUGAUCUAUAAAACAUCGUAUAAUAGUAGCCAUUUGAAAAGUUAAAGCACUUUCAACAAGAACUAGUUUACAGUAGUUUGAAAGAGAUUAAUUAGAACAAACAAGUUGAAUACAUGGAAAAGAAAUAUUUCUCCCAAUUAGUUAUUUUCACUUUGACAUAAUCUUUUGAGGAAGCAAUGCUUAACCUGUGUUCUAACCUGAAAUAAAUGACAGAAUGUUUGAAUCAAUAAUAGCAUCCUGACAGGAUAGGGGAAUAUUUUUGAUACUGUGUUCCAGUUCUCAUUUCAGUUUCUUACAUGAAAUAUUUGUUACUCCUAUUAUAGAAAAUGACACUGAUAAUGACUGACAUUUAUUGAAUCACCCUUUGUGCUUAUAACUAAACUGUGAGGUAAAUAUUAUCUUAUUAUUCUUCACAACAAUCUCAUAAGACAGAUAUGAUUUUUGUUUGACCAAUGAGGAAUCUAAGGCUAAAUGAGAUUAAAUAACUUCCACAAAGUCACGCAUCUGGUUAUGCAGAGUUCAUAUGAGUCAGUGAUAUAAUUGGUGGAAAUGAUUGCCAGGUCUAUUGUGUGUACCGUUAAGGGCAAUGAAAAGAGCCUCUCACAUUUAUCCUGUAAACAGAAGAAGGUGGGCUUUUUGGAACAGUAGUGGAGAAGGGCCAGGGAGGGAGAGCCAGUGUUCUUUUUAGACUGCUAUGAAUGAGUGAACUUAAUUAGAAAAGGCCGAUGCCCCAGUGCAGCAUUGUCUUUGAAAACUUUAGGUGCUGCUUUUGACCCUCUUUAAACAUGGAUACCCAAGGCAGCUUAAGAGUUGGAUUAUGCCUUGCUGUGACCAACUGAGGGGCCAAGAGCAAUGGCAGCUGUACAGCAGGUUCUUAUGACUCUUAAUUCUAUUUGGAGCACUUCCUGUGGGCAAACUCUUACCUGACACAGCUAUUCGAGAUCCUUAGAACCCAUGAGACCUGAUGCCAUGCAAUGAGUAUCCCGUCAGUUUCAUCACUGAGACCUCAAAGUCUGUGAUCUUAACCAGCAUGCUACUUUGUAUAACAAGCAUAUUUGUUAUUCAUUGUAUCUACAUCAAUUACAGAAAAGCCCAAUACCUAUUCUUCCAUACAGUUUUAAACUCUGGGGUGAUAUAGAGCUCCAACCCGGAGGAAAAAAUAAUCAAUUAUAUAAUAUGAUCUCUUAUUAUAAAUGGGAAACCCUCAAAAAUGUAUAACCAAUUAGAAAUUAUUCAAGUUUCUUUUACUCGCAAGAAUGUUUAAAUGUGGGUGAAUUGCAGAGAUAAAAGAAAAUAAACCCUGAUAUUUCUCAAGUUCUGCCAUAAAGAAGUCUAGUUUAUUGCCUCACUUUCAAAAGAAUAGUUUUCCAAGUAUUUCAAAAUGUCCGGCUGGCUGCCCCUUCCAUUCUCUUUGGAAGCUUUUUUGUCAUCCUCGUGGCACAUCCCUCUGGCAUGCAUGACCAGCUGCAAGCUAAACCCUGUGGAAUAAGAAUUCUUUCAUCCCUUUGUGUGAUGCGUUUCAUUUUCAGAGUUUGGAUGUCCUCUUCGGCAGCAGCAGCAGGCAUUGUUAGUUUCAAUAGGCGGCCUGGAUGCACAAGAACAGUCAUCAUAGAGAGACAGGCUCUCAGGGUCCGUCCCUUCAUGUCAUGGUGCUGUGUUAGAUCACUUUCCUCUGCUGGAUUAAUGGCCAGAGAAAAAGGGAAACAAACUGUACCCAAAGGAAUCCAAUUAAAGCACUUGAACUUCACUGACGUCUAUCCUAUUGUUUUCUUAACUUCCUAACCUACGGUUAAUUAUUCUGACCAGUGGAAAGAAACAGCAUAAACACAGGAAUUAUCUUAAAUUCCCUAUUUUGUUUAGUUUGUAAAGGCAUCAAAAUUUUGCUGUGCAGUAUGGAAUACUAAUUUGGUAUAGUUGAAAUUUUUUUUGGCUAAUCUUUCUAUUUCUUCUUUACUCUCCUCACCAAAGGCACUGCCAGGACUUACUGUAGAACACUCCUUGGCUUCUGGAAUUUUAUCUCUGCUCACAGUCUGCAUUACAACAUUAGUUCGUUCUGGGCACUUUAGCUUCCUUGAAUCUCCAGUUGAUCUCACACCCAUGCCUAUGAUAUUCUUUUCCUGGUUAAUCAAGAAUUCUCUAUUUCUGCUCUGUCAUCCAUGCCACUACAAAUAAUAAGAAGUGUUAAGAAUUGCCUUUGGGACUCUGAAGGCUGAAGAAUUGAUAAAUUGCAAGUUUGUGCCCCAUAGCUGCACAGACUGCCUGAAGUUACAUUUAGAGACUGAAAUCACUGCACCUUAAAAACAAAAGAUUGAGCUGCACUGUAUUCCUAAUGUUUCAUCAUUACUAACAGGAUAUUCCUCAUGACAUUGCUGUCUGAUCUUUGACCAUCAGUCUGUGACCUGCCCCUUCUCUUUAUAUGCAGCCGCUCUCUGUUCCCUGCCCCAAUGAACAUCUGCACUAGGCCCAAGCCUUGGAGUAAUUUACCUGAAGAGUGACGCCAUUUAUUUUGAAACUACUGAAGAAACCCAAGACAGCUGAAAACCAGAAGGCAUCUGAGGAGAAUGAGAUUACUCAGCCGGGUGGAUCCAGCGCCAAGCCGGGCCUUCCCUGCCUGAACUUUGAAGCUGUUUUGUCUCCAGACCCAGCCCUCAUCCACUCAACACAUUCACUGACAAACUCUCACGCUCACACCGGGUCAUCUGAUUGUGACAUCAGUUGCAAGGGGAUGACCGAGCGCAUUCACAGCAUCAACCUUCACAACUUCAGCAAUUCCGUGCUCGAGACCCUCAACGAGCAGCGCAACCGUGGCCACUUCUGUGACGUAACGGUGCGCAUCCACGGGAGCAUGCUGCGCGCACACCGCUGUGUGCUGGCUGCCGGCAGCCCCUUCUUCCAGGACAAACUGCUGCUUGGCUACAGCGACAUCGAGAUCCCGUCGGUGGUGUCAGUGCAGUCAGUGCAAAAGCUCAUUGACUUCAUGUACAGCGGCGUGCUACGGGUCUCACAGUCGGAAGCUCUGCAGAUCCUCACGGCCGCUAGCAUCCUGCAGAUCAAAACAGUCAUCGACGAGUGCACGCGUAUCGUGUCACAGAACGUGGGCGAUGUGUUCCCGGGGAUCCAGGACUCGGGCCAGGACACACCGCGGGGCACUCCCGAGUCAGGCACGUCAGGCCAGAGCAGCGACACGGAGUCAGGCUACCUGCAGAGCCACCCACAGCACAGCGUGGACAGGAUCUACUCGGCACUCUACGCGUGCUCCAUGCAGAAUGGCAGCGGCGAGCGCUCUUUUUACAGCGGCGCAGUGGUCAGCCACCACGAGACUGCGCUCGGCCUGCCCCGCGACCACCACAUGGAAGACCCCAGCUGGAUCACACGCAUCCAUGAGCGCUCGCAGCAAAUGGAGCGCUACCUGUCCACCACCCCCGAGACCACGCACUGCCGCAAGCAGCCCCGACCUGUGCGCAUCCAGACCCUAGUGGGCAACAUCCACAUCAAGCAGGAGAUGGAGGACGAUUACGACUACUACGGGCAGCAAAGGGUACAGAUCCUAGAACGCAACGAAUCCGAGGAGUGCACGGAAGACACAGACCAGGCCGAGGGCACCGAGAGUGAGCCCAAAGGUGAAAGCUUCGACUCGGGCGUCAGCUCCUCCAUAGGCACCGAGCCCGACUCGGUGGAGCAGCAGUUUGGGCCUGGGGCGGCGCGGGACAGCCAAGCUGAACCCGCCCAACCCGAGCAGGCUGCAGAAGCCCCCGCCGAGGGUGGUCCACAGACAAACCAGCUAGAAACAGGUGCUUCCUCUCCGGAGAGAAGCAAUGAAGUGGAGAUGGACAACACUGUUAUCACUGUCAGCAACAGCUCCGACAAGAGCGUCCUACAACAGCCUUCGGUCAACACGUCCAUCGGGCAGCCAUUGCCAAGUACCCAGCUCUACUUACGCCAGACAGAAACCCUCACCAGCAACCUGAGGAUGCCUCUGACCUUGACCAGCAACACACAGGUCAUUGGCACAGCUGGCAACACCUACCUGCCAGCCCUCUUCACUACCCAGCCCGCGGGCAGUGGCCCCAAGCCUUUCCUCUUCAGCCUGCCACAGCCCCUGGCAGGCCAGCAGACCCAGUUUGUGACAGUGUCCCAGCCUGGCCUGUCGACCUUUACUGCACAGCUGCCAGCGCCACAGCCCCUGGCCUCAUCCGCAGGCCACAGCACAGCCAGUGGGCAAGGCGAAAAAAAGCCUUAUGAGUGCACUCUCUGCAACAAGACUUUCACCGCCAAACAGAACUACGUCAAGCACAUGUUCGUACACACAGGUGAGAAGCCCCACCAAUGCAGCAUCUGUUGGCGCUCCUUCUCCUUAAAGGAUUACCUUAUCAAGCACAUGGUGACACACACAGGAGUGAGGGCAUACCAGUGUAGUAUCUGCAACAAGCGCUUCACCCAGAAGAGCUCCCUCAACGUGCACAUGCGCCUCCACCGGGGAGAGAAGUCCUACGAGUGCUACAUCUGCAAAAAGAAGUUCUCUCACAAGACCCUCCUGGAGCGACACGUGGCCCUGCACAGUGCCAGCAAUGGGACCCCCCCUGCAGGCACACCCCCAGGUGCCCGCGCUGGCCCCACAGGCGUGGUGGCCUGCACGGAGGGGACCACUUACGUCUGCUCCGUCUGCCCAGCAAAGUUUGACCAAAUCGAGCAGUUCAACGACCACAUGAGGAUGCAUGUGUCUGACGGAUAAGUAGUAUCUUUCUCUCUUUCUUAUGAACAAAACAAAACAACAACAAAAAACAGACAAACAAAAAAGCUAUGGCACUAGAAUUUAAGAAAUGUUUUGGUUUCAUUUUUACUUUCUGUUUUUGUUUUUGUUUCGUUUCAUUUUGUACUACAUGAAGAACUGUUUUUUGCCUGCUGGUACAUUACAUUUCCGGAGGCUUGGGUGAAUAAUAGUUUUCCCAGUCUCCCUCGGAUGGUGGCCUUAAGGCCUGGUAGUGCUUCAAGAGGUCCACUGGUUGGAUCUCUAGCUACUGGCCUCUAAAUACAACCCUUCUUUACAAAAAAAUCUUUUAAAAAAAAAGUAAAAAAAAAAAAAAAAA